CCUGUUUGAUAAAACCAGAGAGAGACACAGAGAGAAGGAACAAACGGGGUCAGAACCAAACAAAAUCAGGCCAGAAAAGAAGAAGAGAGGAAGAAGAGGAACGCUGCCGUAGCAACUGAAGCAACAGCAGCAACAGCAGCAUGGAGCAGCAGCAGGACAGACACGUUCAGCUGAAUGAUGGCAACCGCAUGCCGCUGCUGGGCCUGGGGACAUGGAAGGCCUUCCAUCAGGCGCCCGUCCAGCCCGCUGUGGAGGCCGCCAUCGCCGCCGGUUACCGCCACAUUGACACCGCCUUCAGCUACGGGAACGAGGUGGAGAUUGGCAAAGCGCUGCGCUCCAAGAUGGAGCAGGGCGUCAUCCGGCGGGAGGACGUGUUCGUCGUCACCAAGCUGUGGUGCACGCACUUUGAGCCCGAGGACAUCCCCGUCUGCCUCAACCGCUCCCUGCAGGACCUGCAGCUGGACUACCUGGACCUGUACCUCAUCCACUUCCCCGUCGGCUUCAAGAAAUCGGGAGACAAUCUGUUUCCAAGGAAGGACGGGAAGAUUGUGACGUCGGACACGGACUACGUGGACGUGUGGCGGGGUCUGGAGGCGCUGCAGGCUGCCGGCAGGGUGAGGAGUAUCGGCGUGUCCAACUUCAGCGUCCUGCAGCUGGAGCGCCUGCUGGCCCUCUGCAGGGUUCCUCCUGCUGUCAACCAGGUGGAGCUCCAUCCCUACAUGGUCCAGAAGGAUCUGGUCGAGUACUGCAGGUCCAAAAAAAUCGUGCUGACGGCCUACAGCCCCUUUGGCUCCCCUGGAAGACCCUCAGAGUUGAAGAGAGGCGAGGCUGACCCCCACAAGCUGCUGCAGGACCCGGUGGUCGCCGCCAUCGCAGGGAAGCACCGCCGCAGCCCGGCACAGGUUCUGCUGAGGUUUCAUGUGCAGCAGGGAAUCCCAGUCAUUCCUAAAAGUGACAAACCUCAUCACAUCCUGGAGAACACAAAGGUCUUCGACUUCGACCUCGGCGAAGACGACAUGGACGCCCUGAGAGGCCUGGACCGUGGCUGGAAGGCCUGCGCUCUGGACGAAAUCAAGUCCCACCCCUACUACCCGUUCGAGUGACGGAGGGGGCGGAGCCAGCCGGACCGCAUGAUGGAGAUGAAGAACGACAUGACCCAAUCUGAAACAAAAACCUGGUUCUGGUGGUUCUGAUGCUUUUAUUACAGUACUGAGCACAUAAACGCCUCUGGAGUGUAAAGGUCCAGUCUGGCUGGUUCUGAUGAACCGCCCGAUUAAUUUUUUAUACUUUGAUUCUUCCAGAGUUUCUGCUUAGAGCUAAAAAACAAAGUCUGUUCUGACCUCUGACCCGGAACCACAGACCUGGAUUCAAUUCAGCUCAAACAGCAUGAUGCUGCCACUACCAUGCCUGGCAGCAGGUCCAGACAGAACCACAAGGUAUCAAAAGCUACUUGGUUCUGUCUGGACCUGCAGACCUGCUUCCUUCCCGUGGUUCUGGACCGCUCCGGAACAGAACCGUCUGCAGCGCUUUAGUUCUCCUGGAAACAUUUUAAAAAGCAAACAUCUGAUCAGAUUGUUUCUUCCUUUGAUCUUAAAUAAAUCUGAAGAAGCUGG